UGCGGCGGGUUGCGGGCUCACGUCGUUGCUGCUGCUGCUGCUGCUCUGUUGCCCCCGGUGCGGCGUGGACGACCUUGAGCUCAGUGAAGACAGGAGACGGUCGUGAGCGGCGAAACUGAACACAAUGGGUGAUAUAGAGAAGGGCAAGAAGCUCUUUAUUCAGAAGUGUGCACAAUGUCACACUGUGGAAAGUGGAGGCAAGCACAAGACUGGGCCAAACCUCCAUGGGUUGUUUGGACGCAAGACUGGCCAGUCUGAUGGAUUUUCCUACACGGAGGCUAACAAAAACAAAGGUAUUACCUGGGGUGAGGAUACACUCCGAAUUUACCUGGAGAAUCCGAAGAAAUAUAUCCCAGGAACAAAAAUGAUCUUUGCUGGUGUCAAGAAGAAGGGUGAACGUGAAGACUUGAUAGCUUACCUCAAAUCAUCCACUGCCAAUUAACUUGCAGCCACAGCAUCUGCUGUCUUAUUUAUUGAUGAGUAGAUCUGUCUCCUGAUUGAUCAAUCUGGAAGAGGUGUUGCAAUGAACUUUUUAACUGGUUUUUUUUAACCAUGUUCUGUACAAGGCAUUCUCUACCACCCUGUAACACUGUGCUGUUCAGUUUUAACAUUAUAAAUCACUGGUAAUCCAUUAUGUGGAGACAAUAAAAGGGAAAAUCAAUCAUGAA